AUUACCCAGCAGUAUUGCGAAUAACCCUAGUAAGCAGCAAACAUGGCGUCGCCGGAGCCGCAACAAGACCGCGGCGAUAAUGAAGAACCGUUAAAGAAAGGCGAUGGAGAAACAAAGCCUGGUCCCAUUUCUUUCGGUUUUAGCAAAAAGAUAAAUAAAGCCAAAACUGAGAAAGCAGAAGAGCGAGAUUUUUUAACUGGAGUCGAGGGGAAGGAACUGAAAAGCACCAAGCCGGUGGAGAAACCUAAAGAGCUCAUCAUUCCUCUGAUCCAGAAGAACCGCUGGUACAGACACGAAGGUGUAAAGCAGGAGGAUGGGAAAGAAGCUCCAUCCGAGCAGCAGCAGGACUCUGUGGAGUCUCAGGCCAUCAAAGAGCUUAUUGAAGAGUCUCAGAAGAAGCAGGAACAGUGGAAAAAUGGCCCUCAGUGCGACCCGAACCUGGCCAUCCCGCUGCUCAUGCAGAACCAGGUGCCGCAGGGCUUCGAGGACGGAGAACACAUCAGAGUGGACCUCCGACCCGAGUCGUCCACAGAGGCUGAUUAUGAGCAGGUUCCGGUGGAGGCGUAUGGACUCGCCAUGCUGAAAGGAAUGGGCUGGAAGCAAGGAGAGGGCAUCGGCCGCACGUUCAAACAAGAUGUUAAACCUAUAGAACACCAGCUAAGACCCAAAGGCCUGGGUCUGGGAGCCGAUCGCUCCGCCAUUAAGGACCUGGAACCGUCAGGGCCCCGAAGACCCCCUAAACCCGGAGAACAGAGGGAAAAAGAUGACGAGGGACUAGUGCUGGGGCCUGGAGGGUGUGUACUGGUCCAGACCGGUGCUCAUAAAGAUCUGUAUGGGAAGAUAGAGGGGGUAGACACAGAUAAUGCCAGAGUCGUGGUGAAACUUGCCAUUGGAGGGAAAUCGGUGACCAUCAGCCAGUACUCGCUACGCCUCGUGUCUCGAAAAGAAUACGACAAAUACAGCAAAGAUCUCAGCCGCCUCAGCAAAGCCCACAAGGAGAAGGAGAAGGAGAAGGAGAAAGAGCGAGAACAUGAAAAGGAGAGAGAGCGAGAGAAAGACAGAGCGCGUGACCAGCAGAGACGAGAAGAGAAAGCGAACGGGAAAGACGAGCGGCGGAGAGAUCGGCACGUGGAGAGAGAGAAGGAACGAGAGAACGAUCGAGAGCGUGACCAGAGGAAGCGGAAGCACAAGGAAACGGAUACGGACAGAGAGAAACCUCCUCCUAUGAAGGAGUCUCGCUCGUCUCCGCCUGCCUGGCUCCAGAGAGACCUCCAUGUGCGCUUCAUAGAUAAAAGCUUUAAAGGAGGCAAAUACUACAACUCUAAGAUGAGAAUCGAGGACGUCCUCACGCCACACAUCUGUGUCUGUCGCACAGAAGAAGGACGACUGCUGGAUGAUGUCAAACAGACGAUGCUUGAGACCAUCGUGCCCAAAGGUGACGCAGACUCCAUUAUGGUGGUGCUGGGAGAACACCGAGGACAGGUGGGACACAUUCUAAAGCGUGAUAAGGAGAAGUGUAGGGCCAUGGUGCAGCUGGAGCGCUACGAGGAGAAGGUCUUCACUCUGGACUACGACUCCAUCUGCCAUUACGUGGGAGAUCACUGACAAACACCUCACAUAAACAACCAAAUACCCUGCAGUGACCAAGACGACUGUCUCUGCUCGCCCCGGAGACGACUAGACUGUCCACAACUAGAUUUAUUCACUCAGACAUGCUACAUCACAUGGAUCAUGUGAACACUGUUGCCCCCUCCUUGUGGCUUUUCUUCAGUCUGGGAUUUCACUUAUGGCUUAAUGUUCUUAAAGCUGCAUCCUGGUGGCUGGAGAGACUGCAGAAAACAUCUCAGAUCAGUAACACCACUAUUUGGGGUGCAGUUUGGGAUGUUCUUCACUGUCAGCUGUACAUAAUGAUGUUCUCACCUCAUCAAGAUGCUGAAAACAGACUGUAGUAGAUUUGAGAUUUUUGUAAAUGUGCCAUAAUCACUGCCAUAUAAGAUGUUUUUUUUAUAAUAAAAAUCUUUUAUUGGUCA